CGCAUGCGCACGGCGGGCGCUCGGUCGUUGCCGCGGUCCCGCCGGGGGCGGCCCGUGAGGCGCGGCGGCGGCGGUGAGGGCGGCUCCGGCCCAGCAGAAGGGAAUAAGUCAGAAGAAGAUCUAUGCAAGGACGAGUUCUAUGGAGAAGCUGUAAGUCACUUUAAGGCCUCUUCUCAUGACUUAUCUGCUAUGCUUCUCCUGGAGCCAUGGAUGAGUACAACCGCUUCGUGGAUUGGGACAAAAUGGAUGUUACCGUCCAGAGCCAGGAUGCGAAGGAGCUAACCUGCCCCGAGCUGCAGGAGCUCAAGCAGCUGGCCCGUCAGGGCUACUGGGCCAAGAACCACUCCCUGAGAGCCAAAGUGUACCACAGACUGAUCGGCAACAUCCCGUGCCGCACGGUGACCCCGGACGCUAACGUGUACCGCGACAUCGUCGUGAAGAUCGUCGGCAAACGCAGCAGCAGCUCCCUGCCUCUGCCGGAGUUUGUGGAUAACAGCCUGGUCCCUACGUACUGCCUGAACGCUGAGGGCGUGGGGGCCGUCAGGAAGAUCAUCCUCUGCGUUGCCAAUCAGUUCCCAGACAUAUCGUUUUGCCCAGCUCUGCCUUCCGUGACGGCUUUGCUCCUCCACUACAGCAGAGACGAGGCGGAGUGCUUCGAGCUGGUGUGUCGCAUCCUGGCUUGCAACGACCCUUCCAAGCGCCUCAUCGAUCAGACCUUCUUAGCUUUCGAGUCUUCCUGCAUGACCUUUGGUGACCUGGUGAACAAAUACUGUCAGGCAGCACACAAGCUGAUGGUGGCCGUGUCCGAGGACGUGCUGGAGGUGUACUCGGACUGGCAGCGCUGGCUCUUCGGGGAGCUGCCCAUGGCUUACGUCGCUCGGGUCUUCGACGUGUUUCUGGUGGAGGGCUACAAGGUCCUUUACCGAGUGGCCUUGGCUCUUCUCAAGUUCUUCCACAAGGUCAGAGCUGGGCAGCCCAUGGAGUCUGAGAGCAUCCAGCAGGACAUCCGAGCUUUCGUGAGAGACAUCGCCAAGUCGGUGUCUCCGGAGAGGCUGCUGGAAAAGGCCUUCGCCAUCCGCCUCUUCUCCCGCAAGGAGAUCCAGCUCCUGCAGAUGGCCAACGAGAAGGCUUUGCAGCAGAAGGGCAUCACGGUCAAACAGAAGAGUGUUGCAUCUCCCAAAAGGCAGAAUGUGCACUUGGCAGUUCAUGCUGAGAACUUCAAGUCUGAAAUUGUCAGUGUGAAGGAGAUGCGAGAUAUCUGGUCAUGGAUCCCAGAGAGAUUUGCACUUUGCCAGCCCCUCCUGCUUUUCACCACCUUGGAACAUGGCUGUAGUCUGAGCAGGUUCUAUUCUCACAGCGAGGGACACGAACCAACUCUUCUCCUCAUCAAGACCACAGCAAAAGAGGUGUGUGGUGCCUACCUGUCGACUGACUGGAGCGAGCGCAGGCGAGGAGGCAACAAGCUGAGCUUCUUUGGAACUGGGGAGUGCUUCGUGUUCAGGCUGCAGCCAGAGGUGGAACGCUACGAGUGGGUGAUCAUCAAACACCCAGAGCUGGCCAGCAGGGGUUCAGAGCCAGAAAACCACAGCUCAGCAGCUCCCAGCAGCCUGUGCUCCAGCAGCAUCCCACCCCAGCCCGCAGAUCGCCUCUCGCCCUUCUUAGCAGCUCGUCACUUCAACCUGCCCUCCAGAACUGCCUCCAUGUUCAUGGCAGGCAGCAGCGAGUGCAUCAUCAUAGGAGGAGGUGAUGGCCAGGCUCUGUACCUCGAUGCCGAUCUGAACCACGGAAGAACCAGCCACUGCGACACUUUCAACAACCAGCCCUUGUGCUCUGAAAGCUUCCAGAUCUCUGUCUUGGAGGUGUGGGGCUUCAGGGACACUAUGAAUGGUUGACAUGACUGUCAUCCAUCAACUGCUUGUUCAGCUGUCCUAGGAUUCCCAAGGCAAACUCUAAUGCAGGAGCCAAACUGGAACAGAACUUCUGGGCUCAGUGUUUUCCGGUAGUUACCAAGUGCUGCACUUCUGCAGGGCUUAGUUGUUUACUCUUAUUUAAGACAGGUCAAGGUGGAGUAACAUAUCUGAGUAAUUUCUUAGCUCUUAACCUCUAGAAAUGUGGACUCAAAAGGGCAGUGAUGUGAGAGCAUCCUACAUGGGUAGCUGUCCACGUCAUGGCACAGCUCUGCAGUCUGAUGCUGCUCCUCAAAGGCCUGGAGCUGGCUGAGGUGUGCUGCAGAGCUGUGUGUCACUGGCACCAGGCUCUGGUUUGAGCCAGUCAUACCAAUUGCCUGCUCCCAGGGAACACUGAUGACCUCAGAUUUGGCAGAACAGUAGUCCCUAAGAUGAUUGCCCUGCUCUGAGCAGGUGUUGUGCAGACAAAUCAGCACCACGUCAGCCGUGGAAGCCCUCGACUCACACAGGAGCUGUGAUUCCUACUGACCCUUCUCCUUGCACCUGAACCCUUGGCACAUUCCAGUUGCAUCUGUUGGAGGCCUCUGCCUCUGAGGAAAGCAUCAGGACUGAACAACCAUAUCUGAAAGGCUGGGUUUUGUUUACAUUCUUGUUCCAUAUCAGUAUAACAACUUCAAACUGACUCACGUUGUGUGCAGCUGAAGCUACGGUGUGUCUGCAGUGCUCAGAGACUCCCUGGCUUUGGCUUUCCUGGGAGCUGAAAUGAAGCUUUAAAUCUGAGAGUCACUGCUCUGAUACCACUGAUGUGUCUGGGAAUUAGGCACUGAGCUACAGAAGAUUAUGCUCUCCCCACAGGUAAAUGGAGGUGGGAGGGAAACCUUCUGUGUCAAGAUUCCUCUGGGAACAGACACGUUUCCCAGGAGAACUGUUUCUGCAUAUCAUGACUCUUCCCAGUGAGGACAUCCUGAAAAAGGGAAGGCUUCGUUUUGCCAGCAGUGUUCUGGUAGGGUUUGGGUGAUGCAAAGAGCCUUUUACCCCUUCCUGGGAACUCCUGCAGUGGCACCUGAUGUCUGGAGGCAAUUGCCCUGUGUCUUUACAACUGCUGUACAGCUUCUCCCAGGUGAGGCACAAGUACCUAAACCCCAGUGGAGGGUGCAGAGUGUGUGACAGAAUGCUCUCAAAGCUUCACUGGGGAAUCUACUGAUAGGACUCACCACAACAAGUAAAAUGAGGGGAAAGAGGAACUGCUGGGGUGGGGGGGGUUGAUCUAAAGAACUGCUUUAGAGUUGUGCAAGUGUUAUUAGUACUUAAAACUGAAGCUCAUGUAAAGGGAGAAUGUUACAACUCUCUAGUGAGGCUGGACAGGGCUGUGGCGUUGUGCAGAGCUCACUGGGGAGUCUCAGGGGUGACCUGGGCUCGUUUGGACCCCGUUUGUCUUGGUAGAGAGUUGCCUCUGCAAGGACUGUGACCAAACUUGGCAAAAAAAGGAGUGUGAUUUGCUUCUUAUGGUGCCAUUUAAGAUUUCUUUUUGUCCAAAGUAGCUGUUUGAAGUGUUCAGACUGUGGAGACACGGCUGAGGAUGUCCUGCAGCAUCCACACCUGCAGGGAGAUCAGCUGGUGCCCUUUGAGAGACUCAGCCCUGGGCCUCUCUCUCAUUCCCAACCUCCCACUCAGUGGGUUCUGUCUUUUCAUGGGUUCACUGGAAGCCUGGUUGAACUGGGAGGGAAGGUGAAUUCACUUGUGCUUGGGUGUUCCAUGAACUUGGACAGUCAGAGCUGGGGUUUACAAACCCUGCCUGCUUCUUUUUCCACACCAGCCAUAUCAUUUUACACUUGCUGCUGUCCCACAGAGCUCCCUCAGACAAAACAAAUGGCUCACAGACACUGUCUCCCCUGUAGCAGGUUCUCUUCAGUGCAGGUGGGACUGCAGUUCUGUCCAUAGCUCCCCUCCUGUCUCAGCUUGUCUCAGGCACCCUUGAGAAAGAACAAACCAAAACACAUUACUUUUCAGCUUGUUAACUUGCCAGAAAGUCCCUGGGGCCCUGUGCUGGCAGGAUCUGUGAGGCUUUAUGGUGUUAUACUCCAAAUGAAUGGGCUUUAUCUGCAGAAUCUUCCCUGCAGCUGGCAGCAGUGCUGUGAUUUGUGUCCUCCCCCAUCCCUGCCAGUGCAGCUGUGUCCAUGAACCCCGAGCACCGCUCUGGUUCUGGAGCCACAUGCAACAAACACUCUUCCUUUCCCUGCUCUGUGCUGAGCACACAGGGAUUUGGGUGUUUGACAUGAGAGAUAACCCAAGAGUGGCUCAGAAAUUUGUGGUAGUGUGAGAAUCCAGAGAGCAGUUCUGCAAAUGAGUGUGGUUUGGGCAUCUGAGCCUCUUGCAGGCCUCAGCCCAGCUCCCCUUGUGCCAGAUGAGCACAGCUCCUGACCCCCAGCAGCAACAGUGUGUGGGAGACCCCUCUUUGGUAGAUGGUCUUUCACAUGGAACUGAAGGGAAAUCAUCAUUCUUAAAGGCAGAGGUGAGGCUGGCAGGGUCUGGGAGCUGCUCUGGGGCUGUGAGCAGGAACUGGACAGUUAAGGAUGCUGCUGAUGGCUCCUCUUCAUCCCAACCCCAAGGCAUGUGCCACAGGGAUGGGUUUAGCUUGGUACAGCACUCCCCUGCUCAGACAGCCCCCCAGGACCAGUGCAUGUGUGUUAAGUUGCAAUGGUCUGGCAGGAGGGACUGUACAGUGCUGGGCCAUCCUCAUGCAGUCCGUGUGCUCAGGACAAGUGAGUGUUGCUUCUGUAACUCCUGAUGGUUGUGAGACACGCUGGGGGAACAGCAUCCCGUUCCUUCCCAGUAGCAGGGAUGUGGCUUUUGUCUUUGUAGCUGCUGACUCAGUGUUUACCAGAGUUGAGGUGAUUGGAGCCAACAGUUUGACUGCCCUGCAAACCCCCUCUGAGGCAGAGCCCACAGGCUGGUUUUGAAGGGGAUCACUACAGUGGGCACCUUACCAGGAGGUCACCAUCGUGUGAAGCACCCAGCUGGGAUGUGCUGUGGCCACAGUGUCACUCCAGGGGACUGCUGAUGUGGUUUGUAGCCCUUGUUUGCAGCUCCCUGGGUGAGAGUGGCAGUGUGGCUCCAUGAGCUGCUGGGUGUGCUGGAGAGCCCUCAGCAUCUCCCAGGGGGUGUUAGCUUCCCCAAGAAGCUGCUUUUGGCUUUCUAAUACUCUCCUGAAGGCAGAAAAGACUCGAAACAACAGACAUCAGAAACUGGAGUCGAUUGUAAACGGCACCUGAGGCGUUUCCAGGCCACGGGAAUGGUUCCCAGCUCCCAGCCAAGGCUGCAGCCCUGCACCCAAAAGCAGCUGCUUUUCCCUUUCCUGAUGGGAACAAAGGGAAGGGAACAGCUCCGGGUCCCUCUGUGCUGGAGACAAACGGGAGGGGCGAGCAGCAGUGUCGGAGCGUUAGACCCGGUGCCUGCAGAGGUCAGUGCUGAGGCACAGAGGGGUGGCGAUUCCCGUGUGUGCAUCGUGUCCCUUGUCCUUGGAAUCCCAUCCCCCGGUGGACGGCUGAGGUAGCUGAGGUGAUGUUUUCCCUCGGGUUGAGCAGUGCCGUGCUGCUGGGUUGGUUUCCCACCUGCUCUGUGGAUGGUGUUUGUGUCCCUCUGCACAAUCUUGGAUAUAUAUUAAAAGCUGU